CCCUCAUGCACAGAGAUAACGGGCUCCAGUAUUAAAGACCCUGCCCUUUCCCAACAAACCUCACAAGAGCCUGUGGCUGAUUGAAACCUUGUUUGGACCUAACAUCAUGGUGCUCUUUUUGCUGGCUGAUCUGUUCUUGGCUCUGGCCGCCCUCCAGACUACGUCUGCUGCCCAGAUCAUAGUUCCGGACCCCUGCCUGGCCUACAUCAGUCUGAACGAGCCCUGGCGGAACACUGACUACCACGUCAACAACUCAGCAGGCGUGCCCCUGUGUGACCGCCAUGUGGCCGGAGAGUGGUACCGCUUCACCGGUAUGUCUGGGGACGCCAUGCCCACUUUCUGCAUCGAGGAGAACCACUGUGGCACCCAUGCGCCCAUCUGGCUGAACGGUAGCCACCCGCAGCCCGCCGAGGGCAUCGUCACCGUGCCCACGUGUGCCAGCUUCAAUGAAGACUGCUGCCACUGGCAAGGAACUGUGGAAGUGAAGGCCUGUUCCAAGGGUUACUACGUGUACCGCCUGCCACGGCCCUCCGUGUGCUUCCACGUUUACUGUGGCCAUUUCUAUGACAUCUGUGAUGAGGUGGACUGCAGUGGUCCUGACUGUCCAGCAGAACCAGAAUGUCGUUGCCCUGCUGGGACAGUGCUGGGCCCAGACGCUCAGACCUGCCUGGAUGUAAACGAGUGUGAGAAAGGCAACGGCGGCUGUGCUGAAGUGUGUGUCAACACCAAGGGUUCCUGGAGGUGUGAGUGCAGCCCAGGACGAGUAUUGGACCCGGAUGGCCAGACCUGCAAUGACAUCGCAGGCUGCCACAAUGUGAACGGAGGUUGUAGUCACGGCUGCAUGGAGGAGCAGGACUCGUAUUACUGCCACUGCCCCAGAGGCCUGACGCUGGGGGAGGACAAGCGCACCUGUCAGGUCCCUGUGCAGUGUGACCCCAGCUCUAUUGAGGUUUCUGUUCCCAAAGACCUUGUGGGCGGGCUGGAGCUAUUCCUGUCCAACUCUUCGUGCCGAGGAGUUUCUAACGGCACUCACAUCAACCUGCGCUUCAGCCUGAAGACCUGCGGCACCGUGGUGAAGGUCAUUGAUGAUAAAAUAGUGGGCACUAAUCUGGUGACCGGUUUGCCUAGGUCCAGUCCGGGCAGCACUGGAGAUCUGAUUGUGCGCACCAGUAAGCUGCUGCUGCCGGUCACCUGUGAGUUUCCGGGCCAUUAUGAGGUUUCGGACGGCUUCGUGCCCAGUGCCCGCAGUGGUGCACUGGAGCUGUCUGGCCACAGUCAGGGCGUUUUCCCCUUCGUUCUGGAGCUCUUCCGCAGCGCAGAGUUCUCUGAGCCGUACCGGCAGCCUCCGCAGCUCCGCCUGCGAGACUCGCUCUACUUCGGCGUGGAGCCUCGCGAACGCGUGGACGGCCUGGCCACACUGGUGGAGACCUGCUUCGCGACACCAGGACCACGAGCAGACCAGGCCCUCAAAUACUACCUCAUCAGGGAUGGCUGCAUCUCUGAUGAAACAGUGCGUCAGAUCACAGCUAGAGACCAGCUCUCUAAACACUACCAGGUCCCCGUCUUCAAGUUCGUUGGCAGUGACAACAGAGAGGUGUACCUGCACUGUCGGGUGCUGGUGUGCGGGCAGGGUGAGUCUCGCUGUGCGCAGGGCUGUCGUAGACGACUGAGAAGAGAAAUCUGGACCGAGCAGCACCAGGAGAAACAUAUGCUGACCGGCGGACCCAUCUUCAUACUGCCAGACCCCUGACACCCACACUCCACACUCCACCAUCACUCAUUCACCUUUGAUCUUGACCUGUGCUGAAUAAUUAAAGGGGAAUUCCAUCAAUUUUUCUUCAUAAAUAAAUUGUUAAGAUGCAAACAAGGCCAUUCAGAGUGAGGAUGGAUGUAAAAUACAUCCUCACCUGCAUCCACAGUGCUGCCUGAGUUAUGAUAUUUUAUGAUAGUUUUAUCUUAAGAUUUUAGCCAAAGAUGGAUUUUUUUUGGUGCGGAAAGGUACAUGCAGGGUGUUCUAAGGCAAAAGAAAACUCAAAGAUUCUUUUUUGUUGUACCAGUAAUUCAGCAUUAUCAGCCUAAAAAACUCAGAAGGCCCAUCAAGGUUAUUUUGGAUAGAAUGGCUAUAUGUGCACCGAAGACACUGCGAUCCCUGGUUCCUAUCACCACCACUGUAAAGAAAUUCAUACAGUGCUCCAUUUCUUAUUAAACCAAUCUGAGUAACUUUGUUUAUAGCUCAACUAUUGGAUUAUUCAGAAAUGUUGAAAAUUUGGUGGAAUACCCCUUUAAUUGUUUUUAUCAACAUCACAGUUUUGAAAAAUGCUAUUUUCAAAUUACAAGCAUUGUAAUUUUAAUUUUAGCUUAUAUUAUAAACAGUGUUGUCUUACAUUUCAUAUGUGCAUGAAGUCAGCCUGAUAAGACAGAGCUUAUUAACCGUCUGUAGAUGAGUUAGACCAACCAAAGCAAACAAACACCCCUGUGCUGUGUAUGUGGCACUGCUACAACCGUCCGGCACACUGCCUUCAAUGAUCAAACCUGAAGCCUGAAAAAGUGAUUGUGACCAGGCCUGGAACUCACAGAAAACCGUCACAAUUUAUAUCGCAGUCUCAAUAUUGUUCAGAAAAAUCACAUUUAGGCUUCUAACCUGUAUCGUUUAGCCGUAACCUGAGCUCUACAACUGCUCACUCAAACCUAAUGACCCUAUAUCUACACACACCAUAUUAACCCCUGCACGCUCCAGCUGAGUAAUCCCAUCUGCAACUACAGAAUGAUUUCAGCUAAUCUCUCACUCAUCACUGUACACCUCCACCUCAGUUCAUCCUCAUCACACACGAUGACAUCGAAUUUACACAGCGUUUAGAGAGAGACACACUUCAUAUAGAUCUGAUUCAGUGGAUCAGCCAGCAGUGAAUUCAUCUUACAUUAUUCAGGCCUGUGAGUUAAUGGAUGCUCUGUAGCACUGAACUCAUUCAUUUCCCUUUACCAGUCAAAUACAUAUAAUCAUAAUAAUAAUAAACAGACACAAAUAAAUAUGCACUUUUGAACAGUACUAUGUAUGAUAUAUAUAUAUAUAUAUAUAUAUAUAUAUACACACAUAUGGUUCAGAUCCAAUCUCUGACAUGAUGGUUCACAUUCAUUUAGUUAAGUGACUCAAAUCUCUCAUUGGCUCUGUUUACAUGCACAGAUUUUUGCCAAUCCAAUUUAAUACAUAUGAAGCGGUGAGAGGAAGACGUUGUGUUCUGAGACACAUAAGUUGGACGUCCGUCCCACCGCCGUCUUUUAAAGAUCAGAGACCAGUUUCUGCUCCGCCAUGUUGAAUGGUAUAAACUCUCGCUAUGACGCGACGAACAUGAUCAGAACGGACUUAAACUUUCAGGGAAUGUAAUCAGAUACAGACAUUUACACGGUUAUUAUUCUACUGUUUAACAGAUUAUUUACAGGAUUACUCACCUCGUUCAGUCGGAUAGAAACUGCAUUCCGAUUGGCCUCAAUCGGACUAGUCUGUACAGAUUGAGGUGUUUACAUGGACGUAUUCUAUUCUGAUAAACUGUAAACGUGGCUAUUGAUGUAAACGAAACUGUCUCAUAAAACGACCCGCAUGCGUAUGUCUUAGUAAGGUCACGUAAGCAAAUCAUGUGAUCACCAAUGAACAGCAAACAGACUAACGAGCAGAACGAGCUUCGCUGUGAAGAUAAUUAACUCUGAUCAGCUCUCAGCUUCAUUAUUAGAGCGAGACGAAGGAGAAAAAGGUGAGAUGAGCUGCUUUUCCACCGUUUACAGGCUUUAACUUCUGUUUUGGCGCUGCUGCCAUGGUAACGCUGAAUGAUUGGCGCAGGCACAGUGGGGAAAAAAAGCGCCUGAAUUCUGAUCUAAGCGUCACAUUAAGGUCGCACGGCCACGAAUCGGAUACGUAUCUGACUAGGACCACAUAUGAAAGUGCCCCAGGUUGAAUUUGAAAAGAUCGGAUUUGCAUGUUCACACAGUCCUGAAAACACAUUAGUGUUUCAGUCACAUUAGGGCAAAAAAUCGGAUUUGUGCCACUUCAACUGGGUAAUGUGAACGUAGCCUUUGUGUCUGACUAAGACCUUGUAUGACAUACUGUUUCCUAUAAAAAUGGACUUAAGCUGAAACCAUUUUAAGUGGCAUUACUGAGUCAAGAGAAUAAAAACAGGCUGGUAAACCAUGAAAUACUAAUUUAAAAGUCUGAAGUGUUCUCGGGGAAGGGGUCCGAAGAGCAUCCCGCUUCACAAAAUGUUCUUCUGCAGCUUGUGUGCAAUUACACAUUUUCUCCAGAGAGGUCUCCAAAUCCCCAAAUAUACUUACAUAGUGUAGGUUUAAUUUUAGUUGAAUAUUUAUGGGUGAUCCAGACUUAAAAAGUAGCCAUUUCAAGCUUGAUAUGUGUUCAGAACUGCAGAAUAUAGUAAAUGGACAAAAUUAAUGACGCUAACACAAAUAUAAUUGGGAAGUCAGUGUUACAUUUUAAUAAAUUACAAAUAUAUUACAUACAGUCAGAGCACACACUGACACUGAAAAGGUUAGGCAUAAUUUUGACUUUCAGCCACAGUCAUACAAAUUUGUCUACCUGUCCUUUUGCUGUUCUGCUUCGGUCAGAGUUAUUAUUCUAUUCUAAGAAUGUUGUUUUCAUUAUCACGUAUCUUUUUGGGGGGCAAUGUUUCUGGUUGAGAGCAGUAUAAUUCGAAAGGUGGAAUACUAAAACUGUACACUGACUAGUUCUUCCACUGGGUGACUUCUCAAAGCUUAAACAGACCUGUUUUAAAACAGUAGCCCUAUGGGUGUACUAUAUACAAGCACACAAAAUCAUAACCUAUUUAUCAUCAAUGUCCACAGAUUUUUUUACUUUUCUGCAUUAUUUGAACACAGUAGCUCUCCUUUGUAUUGUGUGGAGAUUUUAUGAUGACUGGAUCGGCAGAAACGCUCCAGAAUUGUGUGGAAUAACUUUCAUUAACUUGCAUUAAAAGUAAAGAAAUGCCUUCUUCUGUAAAGUUACCAUUUUGGAGAUACUUGUUUUUCUUUGGACGGCGAUGUUAUAUUACCCUGUAAGUAAAGCUAUAACUUCAUAUAUAACAAUAAAGAGGAAUGUCUGGAA